AUGUCUUCAAGCGAACUGAAAUCCAAACGCAGCCCUCCAAGUCGGAGCCAGUCGCCCAGGUCUGGCGGACAUAAUCCCAAGCGGCCGAAGUUCAAUGGUGAUCCGGUUAUUGACCUAACCGGAGACCCGGAAGACGAUGAAGACGAUCAAAAUACGGUAAUGAGAUUAGAAUCAUCCUCAAAGUCGAAUGAUCACCAUGUUAUUGAUCUGACUGGUGACUCGGAUGACGACGAGAUCAACGACAUGCUGCAUAGCAUUGAAGAAGAAGCCGGUGAGCUUCUUGCUGGUCUGGAGGCCACAGCUAUGGCUGUAGCUUUACCUUCAGCCCCGUCUCCAGCCGCGCCGCCUCUCCGAAGCCCUUCGCCUGAGCUCAAGGCCAUCGAGGUCGUCGACCUCACUGGCGACAGUGAGGACGAGCGCGAGCGGUCCCCGCGCUCUCCAACGCCCUCCAUCGAUUACCGCGUUGCCCUCUGCGCACAGGAGACGCGGGACUUCGUCGGCACAUUGGUCAUCAAUCCUCGCCCUGAUGCCCAAUUCAUCGCAGAACGAGCUUGCACUUCUCCUCUUUGGGUUAACAACGUCCCGCAGAUUAUCAUCUUCUGCGAUGGCUCGAGCAGGGUGACACCGUUGAUGGCGUGGGAGGGUACCAAUGGGGGUUACGGAGUUGUGCUUCGGAACCCAUGGGCCGCCGCCGCCGCCAACAACCAAGACGGCAACGGAUCGGUGUCUGGGUUUGAAGUCCGUUCCUGGUCUCACCACAAGACGUAUUCCAGCGCCGAAGCCGAAAUGGCCGCCAUCGCCCAGUCCUUGGACACUUCGGUCGGUUUGAUGGGCCAGCACCGCCCUCCUACAGCCGAGGUGCAGAUUUUUACGGAUUCGAUGGAGUGCUGGGACCGAAUCACGCGGGGGUUGAACCACAGGCAGGACAGGUUCUCUUUUAGACACACGGAGCCUAUCUUGCGAGCAAUCGUCUGGUUGUCGCACCGCUUGAAGAUCAUGGGCGGUAAGCUGACGGUGCGUUGGAAUCCUCGGAGGUGUGCAAUCGGGCCGGAGCUGGCGGAUGACGCAGCGGGUGUGCAUUCUCGAGGUGUUAAUCCCGAGGGCUUCAAUCAGCGGAACGUGCCCUUUUUUCGGAGAGAUGGAAUCUUAAACAUGUUGAAUGAGCAGAUUGGUGCCGUGGUUCGUGAGCGCAGAACUCCUGCGCCU